ACCUCUAUUGUUUAUUUUAUAUUACAAUUGAUCAUUUUACUGGACAAGACAAAGGAAAUUUUUAAACAUCGACUGGAAAUGAGCUCCUCCGAAACAUCUGCAUCGGCUUUCUCCAGCUCGGACACCGCCGCCUUGGAGCGUCAGACGGAAACGGAGCACCCGGUGACCUUCGAACAGAUUUGGAACGAAAACCACAGUAAAAAGAGCGUCGAUUGGAUACGAGAAAAUAGCUACAAAAGGGUUUGUUUGCAAUUCCCGGACGACUAUCUGCCCCAUAGCAAUGCCAUUAGUGUGGCCCUCAAGCAGCUACUUUCGCCGGAGGAGGUGAAGGUCUUCAUCUUGGCCGACACCACAUACGGAAGCUGCUGCGUGGACGAGAUUGCGGCUGCCCAUGUGGAUGCCGACAGUGUGAUUCACUUCGGGAAUGCCUGUCGCAGCAGGGCAUCCCGCUUGCCAGUGCUUUACCUCUAUCCAGAGUUGCCCCUGGACGUGGGUCUUCUCCUGGAAAAGCUUCAAAGUCUGCGUGAGGAGAGCAAGGAAAGGCAGGUGUGCGUCUACCUGGACAUUGGCUACCAGCAUAUCUACGAUGAACAGCUAAAGAAGCAGCUGACAGAGGCACUGGAGCCCAAGAAUCUCCUGCUGGAGCUUUUUCCUCCUAUUGAGGCGGAUUCAACGGCCUCCAAAGAGCCUUCAGAUCUCGAGCGGAUUUGCAUUUUCAUUGGCGCCGAUAACCAGCGGUUCGCCAAUCUCUCCCUGACCGCUCUAGCUGCCGUCCAGUGGCACAUCUACGAUGGUGCCAGUGGCAGUCUCAGCUCCAAGAAUCCCCUCACGGCUCAGUUCAUCCGGCGUCGCUAUUUCCACAUCGAAAAGUGCAAGGAUGCGCAGACUCUGGGCCUGAUUGUGGCCACUCUCUCGGCUGAGGGCUACCUGGAUGUGGUGGCGCGACUGCAAUCGAUGGCCAAGGGCAGAGGCAUUAAGACACAGCUCAUAUCAGUGGGCAGGAUAAAUCCCGCCAAGCUGGCGAACUUCCUGGAGAUCGAUUGCUUUGUCCUGAUCGGCUGCCCUUUCAACAACAUGUACGACUCCAAGGAGUACUACAAGCCUAUUGUUUCCGUCUUCGAGGCCGAAAUGGCCCUAAACCCCGCUUGGCACAUGAGAUAUCCCGAAGCCUAUGUAACGGACUUCAAGCAACUACUGCCGGAGGGACGCAGCUUCCUGCCCUUCAAUGCGGCUGACAUACCAGAGAACGAUGUGAGCUUGGUCAGUGGAAGACUAAGGGGAGCGGUCAACGAUUCCCUGGAAACGGCAGGAGAUCCCGCUUCGCUGGCGCUGGCCACACAAGCCAAAAUGGCCUUGAUGACCACGGACACGGGGCUCUCCUUUGAGGACCGCACCUGGCAGGGAUUGGACCCUGCCUUGGGCCAGACAGAGCCCGCCCAGCUGCAGCAGGGACUUAGCGGCAUUCCCAUUAACUACACUCAUCAAUAAAGGGCUAGCACUGUGUGUAUAACUGUUA